AUGGAUUUUGUAAAUUCGGUCUUCCGGAUUUCCGUUGACGAAUCUCUGCCCAAAAUGAUUUUUUUUGGAAUCAUUGACGGCGAGCAAAUUGUACGACUGACUCGUGACGACAAUGGAAACUCAGCGCGUUUUUAUCGUCAGCUUCUUGGCAAUGUUUUCGUAGCGUGGCUAUCGAUGAAUUGCUCAUUUAGUGAAGUUUAUCAAUCGUCGUCACAAUCAUCAAAGACUGUUACAAUAGCUUCGACAUGA